GGCGCCUGCUCGGCGUCCUGUGGCUGGCAGCGCUCGCGGGAGAGGCGCGACGGAUUCGGGCUUUUAUUUCCACUCAAGAAAUAGGAGGAUGGUGAUCAGCUGUAGCAUUAUUUUUCAGUAGUGGGGUUAACCGCUUAACGCAGGCAUGUUUCUAGCCAUUUCCAGGAAAGCACGACUUCAUCCGGUUUAGCAGUGACUCGGGAAGCCCUAUGCCGUCAUGUCGUGUGUUUCCUCCUUUCUCCUUCCUCCAGCUUAGAUGGUUGAGCAUGGCAUCAUGCGGUGUGGAAUAGGUCUUUGGUUGGUUGGUUCAGAAGUCCCGGCUGUGUUCCAUGCAAACUUCUUGUGCCAUCCAAUUCCUGGGACAGGAGCCACAGGAGAAGCAGAGGUGGCCUUGACUCUGUUGUUUGCUGUUCGAAAUGCAAUUGAAAAGAUAUUUUUUUUUCUUGUUAUUUAUUGCUAGAAAAAGCAGAAGAAAGAACAGAUAAGGCAGCAUAAAGUACAAGGACAACGAAAUUUGCAUGGACAUUUAGAUACGUUCAAAAUGUUGUGUGCUGGGAAAAAAUCUUACUUUGCUGCAGCUGUGUGCAUUAUGACUGUAACUUCAAUGCUUGCAGUUUCUUAUCUGAAGUUACAGAGACUUUCUCAUCAGCCAAAAGUAAUUCAAGAAGGUAGAAGAUGUAGAGGGAAAAUUGCCAUUAGCACAAUAACAGCAUUAGAAGGUAACAAAACUUUUAUUAUAUCCCCAUACUUUGAUGACAGAGAAAGCAAAGUCACUCGUGUGAUUGGGAUUGUUCACCAUGAAGAUGUAAAACAGCUGUACUGCUGGUUCUGCUGUCAGGGCAAUGGAAAGAUAUAUGUAUCAAAAGCAAAAAUUGAUGUUCACUCAGACAGAUUUGGAUUCCCUUAUGGUGCAACAGAUAUAGUUUGUUUGGAACCUAAAAAUUGUGAUCCAACACAUGUAUCAAUUCAUCAGUCUCCAUAUGGAAAUAUUGACCAGCUGCCGAGGUUUGAAAUUAAGAAUCGCGAGCCUGAGACCUUUUCUGUUGACUUCACCGUGUGCAUUUCUGCCAUGUUUGGAAACUACAACAAUGUCUUGCAGUUUAUACAGAGUAUGGAAAUGUAUAAGAUUCUUGGAGUACAGAAAGUGGUGAUCUAUAAGAACAACUGUAGCCAUCUGAUGGAGAAAGUCUUGAAGUUUUAUAUAGAAGAAGGAACUGUUGAGGUAAUUCCCUGGCCAAUAAACUCACACCUCAGGGUUUCUUCUAAUUGGCGCUACAUGCAGGACGGGACACACAUUGGCUACUAUGGACAAAUCACGGCUCUAAAUGACUGUAUAUACCGUAACAUGGAAAAGAGCAAGUUUGUGGUCCUUAAUGAUGCUGAUGAAAUAAUUCUUCCCCUUAAACACCCAGACUGGAAAACAAUGAUGAACAGUCUUCAGGAGCAAAACCCAGGGACUAGUGUUUUCCUCUUUGAGAACCAUAUCUUCCCAGAAACUGUAUUUUCUCACAUGUUCAACAUUUCAUCUUGGAAUACUCUGCCAGGUGUUAACAUAUUACAGCAUGUAUACAGAGAGCCUGACAGGAAAGAUGUAAUCAAUCCCAGGAAAAUGAUAGUUGAUCCACGAAAGGUGAUUCAGACUUCAGUCCAUUCUGUCCUACGUGCUUAUGGGAACAGUGUGAAUGUUCCCAUGGAUGUUGCCCUCAUUUAUCACUGUCGGAAGGGCCUUCAAGAAAACCUUCCCCGAGAAUCUCUCAUCAGGGAUACAACACUGUGGAGAUAUAACUCAUCAUUAAUCAUGAAUGUUAACAAGGUUCUAUCUCAAACCAUGCUGCAAACUCAAAAUUGAAACUUCAGUUAUAGGGAGUGAAAGUGGAGGGCUACCUGUAUUGUGGGAAGACAGGAUAUAAUUUAAAAAUCACAUGACAUUGAUUUCCACAUGGAGUCUACAUUUUUCUGCAAUUAUUUAGGGAAUCUGUAGCAAAGCCAUGAAUCAUUUAAUGAUACCAAUGAUCAAUGCAGAUUGCAAUACCUCUUCUGAGAAAUGUACAAUUUGUUUUCAGUAAAUAAUUAAAAUCAGUAUUUGUCAACUGAUUCAAAUAAUGCAAUACCAUUUUCAACCUAUGUACAAAAAGUACAAAUACAAUCACUAGUAUUAAAGGUAGCAUUGCUUAAUUCUUGCAGUUUGUAUGUCACUGUGUACUAAAUUUGUAUGCGUCAAUUUGAGUAAAAAGUAGACAAGUAAUUGAGUACAAUCUUUCUUUCAAUUGUGAAAAAACCACCCCUUAUAUUCUUGGAAAUAGUGUAUGUUAAAAAUGUGAUGGAUUGUAACACUAAACACAGCAGUUGGAGUUUUGCUGAUAAAAAAUGUCUUGUUCUACUGGGCUUUGGAGACAUGUAAGUUUGAGAAGAGUGAUUGCACCUGUUCUGAAUUACUGAAGCGGUAAGUGCUGAGUUGUGUAGAGGAAAGGGACAGAGAUUCAUCUUAAUGAAAAAGAUAAUUUUGUGAACCAAAAAGAACCUAUUUCAAGGAGGAAAAAAUAGAUGGCCAAACAACUUUUAUGAAAUGUAAUAUUUUGUUGGGUUUUUUUUUUUUUCUGGCAUCUUGAAGCCUCAUUAGAAAAUGUUAUAUGAAAUUUAGACACAAGUUGGAUUUUAGUCCUUUAUGUGAUAGGUAAGUUGAUUUAUAUUGCUUCCUUAGUAGGUGUGAGGGUAUAGAAGCUGCAUUUUUUCCAGCCUCUGUCUGGAAAUAGUGCUAAGUAGUGACUUUUGCUGAAGGGCUAGGUGGAAACCGAAGCAAACAGAAGAGCCAUUUGCUCACUUCUGUUUCACAGUUUCAGUUUCAGUUUCAGUUUGACAAGCCCCCAGAACUACAUGCAUUGCAUGUGUUGUGGCAAUAUACUCAUACCUUCCUACUGAAGGUACAUCUGAAGGCAGCAAUAGCCUGACACUGGUGUCAGACAGAAGUGUGUGAGAGCAAGUAUGCUUUUUAAAAUUUCUACAUUAGUUUCAUGCUGUCGUUCCUUUAUCUAUGUCCAAAGGUAACUUUUACUUCGAUGCACAGUGACUGUAGCAUCUCCCAGUCUUUAUCAACAAACUGGCAGCUGUGUUAGGAUAUGAGAUACCUGCUGCUAUCAGUCAUACAAUCUUGUGUGGCAACAGGUCCAUGUAAAAUUUCAGACUCAUUGUUUAGAAGGGGCAUCUGAAAGUCCAACUCCCUGGCAUUGUCUAGGAAGGCUGAGCAACCUGUUUCAGUCUUAAAAUAAACUCACUGUGGAGAAUUCCUCUUGUCACAAGAACCAUUGACCAUUGUCUUGCUGCAAGAUGCCAAAAUCAGUCUGACACUGAUUUCUUUAUCAUUUACUAGUUAGCUGGAGACAGUAGCAGUGCCUCCCCAUCCCAUGCCCACCAUUUUCCCAUCUGGAGGGCUCAGCUUAGGUCUGUUUCUCAGCCAUCUUGCACUCCACCUCUCUGUGGACUCUGUAUAAUCAAGGUCACUAAAAGAAGUAGUUAACCAAGUUUUUCUGAUUUGCUGAUUUGGAAACAAGGACAUUUCUGGCAUGCCUCAGUCUUUCAAAGUUAAUGCAGUGCUGUAUAGGUGGUUCCUUCAGAAGCACACAUCACAAUGAUACUGUAAUGUUACUCCCACAAUAAGAAUGAUGAGAACUGGGUUUCAAGAUAAAUUAUUGAAGUUAAGUUACUGAAAACAUUCUUUUUCACGGAGGCUUUCUUCACUUAGGAGUGAGACAAAAAAAGCUCACUUUUGUGAGCUCAUCAUUUAUGCCCCACACAGUGCAGUUUGAAUGGAGUUGUGAAUUUGGCUUCUGCUUGAUAAAAUUCUUGAGUACAGACAACAUUUUUCAACGUAAAUUGAUGUGAGUAAAGGUGGAAAAACUGAA